UUUCCUCCACGCUCCUCUUAUAAUGACCAGUUCCGACCGUUGCCCCCUGAAAAGCUUCUGGUCAUUGCUACGACAUACAACAUCCCCAGCGCGAGCAAAAUCUCAAGAAAGACCGAGAAAAUAUCAAAGAUAUCUUCCUUUUGUUUGUUCUGGAAUGAUAUUGGAAAAUGGUUGCUGAAGCAGAGAUUGUAUGCCAACAGAGCAUGACUGUGUUGGACGUUCAGUAUAUCUCAGCCUCUCAAACGGAUAUUAAAGGCACGGACAAAGUUCUAGAUGCAACUCUUGAAUCUUCCACCCUGCCAUUUAUGCCCACUACCCGUUCUGGUAGCUUUGCUGACAUUGGUCCUCGAAGAUACAUGGAAGAUGAGCAUAUCCGUAUAGAUGAUCUAUCCUCGCACUUGGGAUCAGUUUUUAAGUUUCCCAAACAAAGUGCCUUUUAUGGGGUAUUUGAUGGUCAUGGAGGACCUGAGGCAGCAGCUUAUAUAAGAAAGAAUCUUAUUAGACUCUUUUUUGAAGAUGUCGACUUUCCGCAAACAUCCGAAGUUGAUGAAGUUUUCUUAGAGGAUGUUGAGAACUCACUUCGGAAAGCAUUUCUUCUUGCUGACCUGGCCUUAGCAGAUGACUGUGGUGUGAGUAGUUCCUCAGGGACAACCGCUCUUACUGCUUUGAUAUUUGGAAGGAUUCUCUUGGUUGCCAAUGCUGGUGACUGCAGAACAGUUCUCUGCCGGAAAGGAGUGGCAAUUGAUAUGUCUAAAGACCACAGACCCAUUUAUCCAUCAGAAAGGAGGCGAGUUGAGGAGUUGGGUGGUUACAUUGAGGACGGGUAUCUCAAUGGUGUUUUAUCAGUUAGUCGAGCCUUGGGGGACUGGGAUCUGAAGUUCCCUCAUGGUUCUUCUUCCCCUCUCAUUGCGGAUCCAGAGUUCCAGCGGAUGGUCCUAACUGAGGAUGAUGAAUUCCUCAUCAUAGGGUGUGAUGGAAUUUGGGAUGUGAUGUCAAGCCAGCAGGCAGUUAGCCUUGUUCGUCGUGGGCUAAGGCGGCAUGAUGACCCAGAGCAGUGCGCAAGGGACCUUGUCAUGGAAGCCUUGCGUCUCAAUACAUUUGACAAUCUCACUGUGAUUGUUGUAUGCUUCUCUUCUUUUGAUCACUGGGAGCCAUCACUACCUUGGCAACCGAAGUUGAGGCGCUGUAGCCUCUCUGCAGAGGCCAUUUGUGGCUUGAGGAGCUUGUUGGAUGGCAGUGCCAGCAGUUGAAGGUAUAUACAUUUUUUGACUAAACUUAGACUGUUUUUGGCUGCUUCAGUUAGGUGGGAGAAAAAGCAGCUAGCAGUUUUGUUGGUGCUGAUUAUUUAGCUAUAUGUUGUUGACUCCCGGCUUAUGUACAUAACCAGCUUAUGUUGAUGGUGAUGUAGAGAUGUUCUGUAUUGAUACAUUCUGUGUCCAGAGUGCCCUACCUUCUGAGAUAAUCCAUUUUUCAUUUGUGGUGUGUACCUUUUGUAUAUUCUUAAUAAAAGGUCUUUAUUUCUUC